AUGAUGGUUGAUUGUGACUCCUCCCCAGAUCACACGCCCUCUAGGGAGUCGGACUCCUCGGAAGUUAGGGCGAUAUUAUGGGGCAGGCUUGGAAGACGGCUCGAGGAAGGCACAAACGAAACUCCGUCUAUUUCAGAGCAGACGGCGCCGACAUCCGGAACUGCACGUCCGCCAUCUAUAAAGCGACCAACACGAUUAAGUGAUGAAUGGAAUGAGCUUCGGAGACUGCGAGGCAGUCCUGAUGGUCAGGAUAACGUUUCGAUUCCGUCGCACAGAAUGGAAAGCAGACGUUCCAUUUGGAAGAAUUUCAUAUCCCUGUGCACAAGUUUGAUGUGUGCUUUUAUUUCAUUCCUGCCGUUACGUAACAUUCAGAGUAGUCUGUAUACCAACUACCAUCUAGGCACUUUAUCGCUGGCUGUUAUUUACGGUAGUUUUAUUAUCGGAUGUGUAAUGUCCUCCUGGAUUGCUCAGAAUGCCAGGCCAAAAGGUCUCAUCCUCGUUUCCGUCUUCAGUCACGUGUUAUUUGUGGCGGCAAAUAUGUUCCCAUCAUUCAUUACGUUGAUUCCUACUUCCUGUCUCUUUGGAUUUCUUCAAGCACCGUUGUGGUCAGUUCAAGAACUUCUGAUUGGUAGCUACGGAACGAGUUAUUCGGCCGUCACUGGAAUGAGAAUGGAGCGAUCUAUUCAACAAUUCCAGGGGGUAUUUGUAAUAUUUUGUCACUCAGCGCAAAUAUUCGGAAACCUCUUGGAGUCGCUCGUGUUAGGUAUGGACGAUAUUACCACAAACACAAUGUUUCACGGGAACUACUCAAGCUAUUUACGGGAAGAAUCCUUGGCCAAUAACUGCACAUCACCUUGCCAAACAGCAAUGACAUAUUCCUACCACGUGUUCGGGUACGAAAUAUUCCCCAAUACAAUGUUACUAGAUGGCAGAUUACACCAGGUGGAAAUACUAAAAAUAAUCUUCCUGGCAAUUGGCUGUGUGUCUGUUACUUUGGUAGGGCUUUGUUUACGGAAACCUGACAUUAUUUUGAACAAAAGAAAAAUGUGUUUAAAGGAAAAGGUUCAAGAAAGUUUAAGCUUCUUUAAGACGAAGACAUUCCUCAUGCUUGGAUUAUUGAUGAUAUUUACCGGCAUGCAACAGGGCAUCGUAAUUAACGACGUCACUAAGGUAUACGGGACGAACGGACUAGGACUGUCCAUGGUCGGAUACUUCAUGAUGUGUUAUGGAACUUGUCAGCUUGCUACCCUGCUUGUGCUGGAGAGGUUUCAGAAGCGGGUUAAGCCCAUAAUCUUCGUCCUAAAAGGUUUCCUGAUUUCGCUGGGCCUGCUUAUCUUACUGUAUGUGUGGGAGCCUGUUGACGACUGCGUCUACACCGUCCUUGGCUACAUGGCUCUCUGGGGAGCGGUCGAUGCUGUCUGGCAGUCCCAAGUUCAAAACAUUCUCGUAUCCAACGUAACUCGAAAAGAACCCGCCAUCAUUGGUUUCCGGAUCUGUCAAGGCUUUGGACUGACCGUCGUGUUCCUAGCGUCCAUCUGGCUCUCCCUUCUCUACAAACUAUGUUUGGUUUGUGGAAUCCUUAUCAUGGGCGUGCUUGGAUACAUGAUCUUGGAAAUCAACAACAAUCCUAUGACUCCACUGGAACCAAGACCUUUCAGCGUCUGA